AUGGUCGUUUCGUCGGUUUUGAGUCAAGCUAUUCUCGACAUUGCUUUUUAUUUGCACCUCAAAUCGAUUGUCAAUAAAGAUGAAUCCCAACCCUCCACAUUGAAAAAUGGCCAACCAGUCAUAUCAGGCGCCUCUCUUAUGAUGGGCGAGCGAAGUACUCUUCCUAUUUCGUCACCGCAAAAUCCUCCUCUCAUGAACGCUUUCCACUCUUCCUCAUCGGGCAACAAUAAUGAAAUUAUUCCAGUCAUUUCCGGCGGUGGUAGCUCUGAUGGUAUGGAUGCAUCACAUCAACAGCCACAGCAGUUAAUGCAUCAACAGUACUACCAUGAGCAUAUUCAACGACUCGAACGCGAGUUGGAGGCUGUGAGGCGUCAGGUCUCUAAAAAUGCCGAUGUACGUUGA